UUACGAAGGGUGUUGCAAUAAAGACACUUGCGAACAACUCACGCGCAGUUGAUGUUACGACGACAGGGAAAUCAACCGUUGACACUUUCUCGUUCGAACUUUAAAACUAUCCAAAUAUCCAUACAUUAUUAUACAGUUCAAAAUGACGAAUUAAGUGCAUUAAAAUAUAAUUGAAUCCUGCACAUGUAGUCGAUUAAGAUGAAGACUUUUUUAAAACAGGCUUUCGUGGUAUCAGGUGCGGCGCUUAAUAUCGUUGGUCAUGGUUGCGCUCACGGCUACCCAGCUGUCCUCUUUGCACAGUUAAUACGAGAUGGUGGACCUGUGACAUUGACGGACCACGAUACUUCAUGGAUAGCAUCAUCAGUUGGCCUCAUGGGUAUCGUCGGUAACUUCAUAUCACCUGUGUUCAUGUCAAAACUUGGCAGACAGAAGUCACACUUCAUCUCAACAAUACCUGCUCUUCUCGGCUGGAUAAUCUUCAUAUUUGGAAAUACAGUCCCAAUGUUCCUCCUUGCUAGAUUUCUCCACGGCCUUGCAUUGGGACUACGAACCCCGUUAGCUGCAAUUCUGGUAGCUGAGUAUACUGAACCAAGGUACAGAGGGGCAUUUUUGGGAACUUUCGCGAUUUCAUUAGGCCUCGGAAUUCUGCUAUCCCAUAUUUGGGGAGCCUAUUUAUCUUGGAAGAAUACGGCAAUUGUCUGUUCCAUGUUCCCAAUUAUAUCAAUGGUCAUUAUUAGUCUUUCUCCAGAAUCACCAUACUGGUUGGUUUCCAAAUCCAGGUUCGAAGAUGCUAAAAAGGCCUUUAAAUGGGUUCGUGGUGAUGGGGAGCAGCAGAACGAAGAAUUAGAAAAAAUGAUACAGACUCAAGAACGUGAACUGCAUGAAAAUGAGAAUGGAAAGGAAAUUUAUAGAAGAUUCAGUAUUACGAGGUACGCAUUGAAUUCAUUCAAAAGUAUAUUGAAGAUCUUCAAGAAGAAAGAGUUCUUUAAGCCAUCGAUCGUCGCAAUAUGCAUGCUGAUAGUAUUUGAGUUUGGAGGUGCGCAUAUGCUGGCGGCCUAUGGAAAUGUCAUCCUACAAGCCGUUUUAAACAAGGAGAACUUGACUGAUGUAACUUGGCAGUUCACGGUAAUUGAUUUCUUAAGAACAACUUGUGCGUUCUUAGCAAUAUUCUUGCUGAAGAAUUUUAAACGAAGGACUAUUUUAUUCACAAGUGGUGUUAUGACAGUUUUGUCUCUGACAACGAUAUCAGUGUUUAUGUAUGCAAGAAACUCUGGAUAUAUAAACCAGGCGUGGUUGGUUGAUGUGUUGCCUAUGGUAUUAAUGAUAACAUAUACUUUCUCAUUUUGUAUAGGUAUUGUACCUUUAAAUUGGGUCAUAUGUGGCGAAGUAUUUCCUUUAGCUUACAGAAGCUUAGGUUCAACGCUGUCUACAUCAUUUUUGACACCCGCCUUUGUGAUUUCUAUGAAGACAGCGCCACAUUUAUACUCGUCAAUAGGUGUAGAGGGUGCUUUUCUAGUCUAUUCCGCUACAUUGACGAUUUGUUUGUCUAUUAUGUAUGUGUUAUUACCUGAAACAAAAGAUAGGACUUUGAUUGAAAUAGAAAAUACGUUUAAGGGUAUCAGAACAUCAGAUAAAGAAGUACAAUUAAGUUUAUUGGAAAAGAAAGUAAGUUCUGUGUAACGUAUGUGAUAAAAUCGAAUAAAUAUUUAUUAGCAUAUAUACUCUAGUAUUGAUAUUUUAAGUUAUAGAGAUAUAAUAGAUAAGAAUACUGUUACUCAAGUGAACUGUGAUGGUUGCACAAUGUCCUGUUUUGGUUGUGAUUAGGAAAAUGUAAUGCUUUGUGUUUGUAUAUUUCGAUGAGUCUGGUAAAAUGUAAUGCAAAUUUUUGUAUGUAAUAUAUUGCUGGCAAAUAAUCAAUAGUAUAAUCUAUCAUGGUAUUCAGUAUUUACAUUUUUAUGCAAUAAAAACACGUUAUGAUUAUUAAGAAUAUCAUUAUAUUGAAUGAAUUUCAAAUUAAUAAACUGUCUUGGUAAACAUUCGGUAAUAGUUAAAAUAGGAAAAAAUAUAUAGUUUACUGGUAGAAGUAUGAAAGUCCAGAAUUGUUCUUACAAUUUUAUUAGGCGUUUUAUAUUUUCAAAUUCACCAUUUGUAAACAUUAUUUAGCUCUAUAGGUGAUAUAAAACCUAUAGAGCUAAAUAAUCUGCCUAUUAUUAUAUUUAGAUUAAGUCUGUAAUAAAUAUGUGAGGUUUUUAAAAAAUAAUAAUAAACGAGUUUAAUUUUUGGUUCAUAUCCCUUUUAAUAAAAGUAUUGAAUUGUAUGUCCUUAUCACACUAGUAUCAGUUUUAAAAUAGCUUGGCGUGACAUAACAUAGUGACUCCAAUUGACACUUAAUUAAGGCUUAAAGUACGUUAAAUAAUACGGUACGGUACAAUCGUACUGUAAUCGCAUAAUUGAAUAAUAAAAUUAACAUAUAUUACUAUGCAUUUAAUUUAUAUAUACUACGCAUUUAAUCAAUAAUAAUCUUCCCUAUUUACCUAGCUUAAACAUAUAGUAACGAUGUUGUUCUCGUGUUAAAGUUGUACCUCAGUAUGUUUUUUGCUAGUAGUGAUAGUGUUAGGUUUUAUAGUAACG